AUGGUUAAAGCAACGGUCGAGGACGGUGUGUGGGCAGGACCAGUCUCAUCUGGCCUUAUCGGGCAGCGAGGAUCCCCAAUUUGUGGGAUGCAAUCAGUUGUGUCGGUGUCACUUACAACGGUGGCGGCAGCGUCAUUGGUGUGGACUCACGCACCAGCACCUGAUGAUUUGGUGAAUUCCACGAAGGAGGCAGCAUCGAAGGAGCUUUUGAAUGUCAGCCGUGACAAUAAUAACUACUGGAGCCUGUUGAAGGAUCUCAUGAUUCAGAUGCUAAAAACAGUUAUAUAUCUCCUGCUUGAAAGUAAAUGUAUUGAAAACAAUGAAUGUGACAAUCUUGUGAGGCCAGAUAAUGGUUUUGUGAAUUGGAAUGACCUGCUGGUUCGACUUGAACGGGUCAGCUUAUCAGUUUGGUUUACAUCUAUCAACCUCAUGUCACAAGAAGUGCUCAGGAAGUGGUCCAAAUCGGAAGACAUGGAGAGAAAUUUAUUGACAAAGCUUCUGAUCAACCUUACGAAACCUCAAAUAAUUGACGUGAAGAAGCUCAGGCAGACGAAGCCCCAACUUUCAUCUACGCCUAAGCAUGUUUAUAAUGUGAGGGCUAAGCUCAGUCGGGAAUAUUACGGGGUUCAGUUAGUGACGGUGGAAAGGGACAAGAAUUUUUUGGAAGCUGUCGCUAAUGGGAUGAGGGAAAAGGGGGACACGACACAUGAUCAGUGCAAGGGUAAAUGGAAAGAUCUUGUGAACAGAUACAAGUUUGAGUUUAUCUUAGUUUUGAAAAGGAAAAUUCACGGGUUGGCGGUGGAGGAGAAGAUGGGGAAGCUGAGGAUGACAAGGGUGGUGGAGCAUGAGAUCAUGGACGUGCUGAGAGUGAAGGCAAAGAGAGGGACGGAGAUUGUGGUGGCGAACAUGAAGAAUCCGGCGGCCAAGUUGACGCCCAACAAAGUUGAAAAUCCAAAACCAUGA